CUUGUGGUUGGGUGGGUAAUAGAUAGAUAGAUAGAUCCUUUGAGAUCAUCGGAAAGUGAUGACGGUCGCGGCGGGGAUAGGCUACGCGCUUCUUGCUCUAGGACCGUCUCUUUCACUCUUCGUCUCCGUCAUCUCCAGAAAGCCAUUUCUCAUCCUCACUCUUCUCUCCAGUACGUUGGUGUGGCUAGUGAGUCUGAUCAUCUUGUCGGGACUGUGGAGGCCUUUUCUCCCUCUGAAAGCCAAUGUGUGGUGGCCUUAUGCUUUACUUGUUCUCUCCUCUGUUUGCUUCCAGGAAGCUCUUCGCUUUCUUUUCUGGAAGCUUUACAUGAGGCUUGAAGAUGUCUUGGAUUCCUUUGCGGAUCGGAUCUCUAGGCCCCGCUUGUUUCUCACUGAUAAGCUUCAGAUUGCUCUAGCUGGGGGUUUAGGUCAUGGUGUGGCUCAUGCUGUUUUCUUUUGUUUGAGCCUCUUAACUCCCGCAUUUGGUCCAGCCACAUUCUAUGUCGACAGAUGUUCGAAGGUCCCAUUCUUUCUCGUCUCUGCGAUCAUUGCUCUUGCAUUUGUCACGAUCCACACAUUCUCCAUGGUCAUUGCUUUCGAAGGGUAUGCAAAAGGCAACAAAGUUGAUCAAGUUAUAGUUCCAGUCAUACACCUUUCUGCUGGAAUGUUGACAUUGGUGAAUUUUGCAUCGGAAGGCUGUGUGAUCGGCGUUCCUCUUCUUUACCUUGUGGCAUCAUUGACUCUUCUGCAUUGUGGAAAGAUGGUUUGGCAAAGGCUGAUCGAAAGCCGGAACCAAAGUGGCUCGACCCUACGGUGAUCUAGCCUCAGGCUCAGCUCAGUCUUUUAGGCCUUAUCCUCUUUAACUGCGUCAAAACUUAAAUGUUAUGUUCUUUUUUUCUUUCUUAACGCAAUUAUGAUCCUGUAUUGUCGAAAACUUGGACAAAGUUUUAUGUAAUGAGAAAAAGAAUUCUUGCAGAAAAA